AUGGACCAGCAAAAUUUAUUGUAUUACACUUUAAUUUUUAUUUGGCUCCUUCCAUUUACAUUCGGAAGAGAAACUCCUGCUUCUAAUGUUUUGAAUACUUGUCUUGAUGGUAAAUAUCACAAAAAAGAGCCAGGAUUUGAAUCGGAAUUAUAUUCACAAUGUACUCCAUGGAAAUACAGAAGCUGUUGUUCAAAUUCAACUUCUAAAAGCGUACACGAACCUUUGCAUCAUAAUUUCAAUUACAACCAUUGUUCUUCUAUUAAACCUCUUUCUGAUGAAUGCAGAAAACAUUUUAUUCAAGAUUUAUGUUUUUAUGAAUGUUCUCCUAAUGUAGGUCCAUGGCUAGUUCAGGUUGACAUGAAAAUAAGAAAAGAGAGAUUUUUUAAUGUGCCUUUGUGUCAAAGCGAUUGCUCCGAUUGGUAUAAUGCAUGCAAGAACGAUUAUACAUGUAGCAGUAAUUGGCUGAGAGGCUGGAAAUGGACUCCUCAAGGAAAUGAAUGUCCUAACCAAGAAACUUGUGAAACAUUUGAAAAUGUUUUUCAUAAUUCAACAAAUUUUUGCGAAAAGAUAUGGGAUCAUUCAUGGAAAGUAGUUUUAGAUGAGAAACCCUGUAUGAAAAUAUGGUUUGAUUCGAAAAAUGGAAAUCCAAAUGAUGCUGUUGCUAAAUAUUAUUAUGAAAAUAAUUCAGCUUCCUUAGUUUCAUCAUACUAUAGUAAUUUUAGUUUUAUGUUAAUUAUUUUGUUUAUAAAUUUUGCAUUAAUUCCUAUUACCCACUGA